AUUAGAAGUUUUUAUCUUGUAAGCUUUUUAUUGUUAAUUUCUUUCUCGGGGUAUAAUCUUUCAGAGCACCACUACCCAUUGGUACCCAAGUCGCAACAGCAUAUAACAUAACACUAGAGGGCACAUCGCAAGAAGUCAGGCAGUCAUCAGCCUACUGUUAGGUUCUGGUUGUAUAGGCCAAUAUUGGACAUGAUCUGUGAUGAUGCCAUGGCAUUUGUCUCAGCUGAUCAUCAUCAGUUCAUGUUUCAGUCACAUGAAGACCCCCACAGCCACCACCCUCCUCCCAGCCUUCUUCCUUGUCCGCCUCAAGACUUCCAUGGUGUUUCAGCUGUGCAAAUGAGGAGAUCCAUGUCGUUUUCAGGGGUCGGAAGCAAGUGUGAAGAGGUACAUGGAGACGACGACAUGUCGGACGACGGAUCGCAGCUUGGGGAGAAGAAGAAGAGGCUGAACAUGGAGCAAGUCAAGGCGCUAGAGAGGAGCUUCGAGCUGGGCAACAAGCUGGAGCCUGAGAGGAAAAUGCAGCUGGCUAGGGCACUGGGCCUGCAGCCGAGGCAGGUGGCCAUAUGGUUCCAGAACCGGAGGGCUAGGUGGAAGACCAAGCAACUGGAGAAGGAUUAUGAUCUUUUGAAGAGAAGGUUUGAGGCUCUUAAGGCUGACAACGAUGCCCUUCAUGCCCAGAACAACAAGCUUCACGCCGAGCUAUUGACUCUAAAAGGUAUGGAGUCUACUGGAAAUGGGCCCAUUAAUCUGAAUAAAGAAACCGAUCAGGGUUCUUGGAGCAAUGCGAGUGACAACAGUUGCGAAUUCAAUCUGGCCACCACAAGAACACCGGCAACAGACAGGCCAUUAUUAUAUUCUACUCAAAGCAAUAAACCCAUCUUCCAUCCAUCCAUGGUUGCGGCCACAAAUGUUAACAGUCAUCUCCUACAAAGCUCCUCAAGAUCAGAUCUUCUUCAUCAUCAUCAAUACCAGAAAAUUGAUCAUCAGGUGGCUCCGGCCGAUGAAAGCUUCUGCAAAAUGUUCGCCACCGGCAUGGACGAGCAGUCGGGUUUUUGGCCAUGGCCGUAGCCACAGCCGAAGCAACAGCAUCUCCAGUACCGAAACCAAAACCCAAUUCUCAAAUUUUUUUUUUACUCAUUUCUGUAAGAGUGGCGUGUAGGAGGAAUGGACAUCCAUUUUUGGAUUUAAUAUACACUAUUGUUGAUCACCAGCUUGUUAAUUAAUUAAUUAUGAAAUAUUAAAUUUUUUUGCAA